GGUUGCACGCGUGCGUAAAACGCAUUUAUACUAACUGUAGCGCUAACAGGCUAACCAAACUGGCUACCAACAUGUAUUGAAAUUGUUUAUUUGAACAGUUUCUCUAGACCUGUUUGUUUAGAUACUAUUUAUAUUAAAUGUCAUUGAGACUAAUCUCUUCUAUAUGUAACGUUACGCCAUGGAUGUUUCGUGUCUGAUAAUGUCGGCAAAUUCUAUAACUACAGUUAGCUAGCCGCAAGCUUGCUUGCGCUUCGGACAGCUAACAAGUCUAGUCACAAGAUUCACAGUGGCAUUCAUCAUUUGUAACCAGCUUACUUACAAAAUGUAUAUUUUGUACACAAUUAUUGCUUCAUUGCUUUGUUAUUUGAUUUUGAAAUGGAGUAAAAAAAUGAGAUAUUGUACGGAUGUGAAAAGACUGGAUGGCAAAACAGUUCUCAUCACUGGUGGCAAUGCUGGCAUUGGCAAAGAGACGGCCGUUGCGUUGGCAAUGCGCGGCGCCCGCGUAAUCAUAGCAUGCCGUGACGUGGACAAAGCUGAGAAGGCGGUGAGGGAGAUUAAGGUCAGGGGUCACAACGUCAACGUGCUUCACAUGGAGCUCGACCUGGCCAACAUGCGCUCCAUACGAGACUUCACUAAGAUCUUCUUAGAGAGAGAGAAGAGGCUGGACAUCCUCAUUAACAAUGCAGGCAUGCCCAGCGUGCUGGAUUGGACCGACGACAACUUCAGCAUGUGUUUCGGAGUGAACCAUCUGGGUCACUUCCUGUUGACCAACCUCCUGCUGGGCCGUCUGAAGGAGUCGGCCCCCAGCCGCGUGGUGACCCUCACCUGCUCCAGCUACAAGUACCAGAAGUUAGACUUCCAGGACCUUAACUACAACCUUCUGCCUUUCUUCACCUACUGCCGCAGCAAGCUGGCCAAUAUCUACUUCAGCCAGGAGCUGGGGAGGAUUACGGAGGGGAAAGGAGUGACCACCUACGCUGUACAUCCCAGUUAUGUCCAGAGUAGUUGGACAUACCACUACUCCAUCUUGUUCCGGAUGCUGAUGCAGGUCAUCAUGUUCAUGUUCUUUGUGCCGUGUGAGAUGGGCGCUCAGACCGUGGUCUACUGUGCCGUGUCGGACGAGGCCGCCAAGCACAGCGGGGGAUACUUCAUUGACUGUCGGCCCGCCACGCUGAGACCCUUCGCCAGAGACGCUGGUGUGGCUAAAAAACUGUGGGAGGCCAGUGAGAGGCUGGUCAAACUGGCCUGAGAAAGACUCAUAGGGGUCUUUUAGCCUAAAAUUUAUUUUCACCAAAAACAUUUAGAGUAUUAUAAGAAUUCAGUUUUGGAUUUCCAGUCCAUGGUUGUUUUUCAGGUUUGUUUUAAAUAUAAAUAGAACAAAAAUAGAACAGAUUCCCUCAUUUUGUCGGAUUCCCAUGUUCCACUAUUGUAAUGUUUGUAAAGUUUAAUUGUAAACUUUCUGUCUAAUCAAGAUAUUAAGAUUGGUGGACCAAAACCUAAAUUAUCAAAUAAACUAAGCAAGCAAUAUGGUCAAACAA